AUGCGCGGUCGCCUUUGUGUGGGUCGAGCGGCGGCGGCAGCGGCAGUGGCGGUCCCACUGGCAGGCGGGGUAGAGGGGAGUCCAGGCGGCGUCCGGCGUGGGUGCCGGGGGACCACCAUGGUAAAGAAGCGGAAAGGCCGCGUCGUGAUCGACUCGGACACUGAAGACAGCGGCAGUGACGAGAACCUGGAUCAGGAGCUCUUGUCCCUGGCAAAACGGAAGCGCAGUGACUCUGAGGAGAAGGAGCCGCCUGUGAGUCAGCCUGCAGCCUCCUCGGACUCUGAGACUUCGGACAGUGAUGAUGAGUGGACAUUUGGCAGUAAUAAAAAUAAAAAGAAAGGAAAAGCCCGAAAAACAGAAAAGAAAGGAACCAUGAAGAAACAGGCCAACAAAACUGCCUCCUCAGGCAGUUCGGACAAAGACAGUUCAGCUGAGAGCUCUGCCCCUGAGGAAGGUGAAGUGUCAGAUUCUGAUAGCAAUAGCACUUCCUCCAGUUCAGAUUCAGACUCUUCCUCAGAAGAUGAGGAAUUCCAUGAUGGCUAUGGAGAGGACCUCAUGGGAGAUGAGGAAGACAGGGCCCGUCUGGAACAGAUGACAGAGAAGGAGAGAGAACAAGAACUAUUCAACCGCAUAGAGAAAAGAGAAGUGUUGAAAAGAAGAUUUGAAAUUAAGAAAAAACUAAAAACAGCCAAAAAGAAAGAAAAGAAAGAAAAAAAGAAAAAACAAGAAGAAGAGCAGGAAAAGAAAAAGCUAACCCAGAUUCAGGAAUCUCAGGUAACAUCCCACAACAAGGAACGGCGUUCCAAACGGGAUGAGAAACUAGAUAAGAAAUCUCAGGCAAUGGAGGAGCUGAAAGCAGAGCGAGAAAAACGGAAGAACCGAACAGCUGAACUCCUCGCCAAAAAACAGCCAUUAAAAACCAGUGAGGUCUACUCUGAUGAUGAGGAAGAGGAAGAGGAUGACAAGUCUAGUGAAAAGUCAGACCGUUCAUCCCGAACAUCAUCAUCUGAUGAAGAAGAAGAGAAAGAAGAAAUUCCCCCUAAAUCACAACCAGUUUCCUUACCUGAAGAAUUAAAUCGGGUUCGGUUAUCACGGCAUAAGCUGGAACGUUGGUGUCACAUGCCCUUCUUUGCUAAAACCGUAACAGGAUGCUUUGUACGGAUUGGCAUUGGAAACCACAACAGCAAACCAGUUUACCGGGUAGCUGAGAUCACGGGUGUUGUGGAAACUGCCAAAGUUUACCAGCUGGGUGGCACCAGAACAAACAAAGGGCUACAGCUACGGCAUGGCAAUGACCAACGAGUGUUCCGCCUAGAGUUUGUCUCAAACCAAGAAUUCACUGAAAGCGAAUUCAUGAAGUGGAAAGAAGCAAUGUUCUCUGCUGGCAUGCAGUUGCCCACUCUAGAUGAAAUCAAUAAGAAGGAAUUUUCUAUUAAAGAAGCUCUUAAUUAUAAAUUCAAUGAUCAAGACAUUGAAGAGAUUGUAAAAGAAAAAGAAAGAUUCAGAAAAGCUCCACCCAACUAUGCUAUGAAGAAGACUCAGCUGCUAAAAGAAAAGGCCAUGGCUGAAGACCUAGGGGAUCAAGACAAGGCCAAGCAAAUUCAAGACCAGCUGAAUGAACUAGAGGAGAGGGCAGAGGCCCUGGACCGCCAGCGGACCAAGAAUAUAUCUGCCAUCAGUUACAUCAACCAACGGAACCGGGAGUGGAACAUUGUAGAGUCUGAGAAGGCCCUUGUGGCUGAAAGUCACAACAUGAAAAACCAACAGAUGGAUCCCUUUACCAGGCGUCAGUGCAAACCUACCAUUGUUUCUAAUUCCAGAGACCCAGCUGUUCAAGCUGCCAUCUUGGCCCAGCUGAAUGCAAAAUAUGGCUCUGGAGUGUUACCAGAUGCUCCAAAGGAAAUGAGCAAGGGUCAGGGGAAAGAUAAAGAUUUGAAUUCUAAGUCAGCCAGUGACCUCUCAGAAGACCUGUUCAAAGUACAUGAUUUUGAUGUGAAGAUUGAUUUACAAGUUCCCAGCUCAGAGUCAAAGGCUUUGGCCAUAACCUCUAAGGCUCCACCAGCCAAGGAUGGGGCUCCAAGGAGAUCUCUGAACUUGGAAGACUACAAAAAACGACGAGGGCUUAUUUGAGCACACCCAGCCGGCUGCUUCUGACCCUGCAUGCCCCAUCACUGUGUCCCUCCCACCUUUCCUCUUUUCCUUUGAUUUGCCCUUUUUGGGCUAAAGCAGCAGUCGAAUUGGGAAGAGACUCUAAACUGCCAGUCAUGUAAUAUAAACCAUUUGCUGU